AUGUUGCGCAGGUUCUCGACCACCUUUAAGAAGUCAAAAGGUGAGAAGACUGAAAGCGAGCCCAAGGAAAAUGGCAUUCAGGUCAACGGGAAGCGUUCAAAAACAGCGCCCGUGGCCAAAGCUCCUUCGUCAGAAGCAGAUCAUAGCGCAAAGCGAGGCGAUGUUGUGGCGGUCUUCGACAGAUUUGCACAGGUGAUCCACGCUUCUCGACGUCCGCUGCCUUCGCAAUCCGGGGAUGGCACCUAUCUCGAGCAUGACACGGCCAGUUCCGGCUUGUUCCAAGAUCUGCGAUCUAUGGGUUUUCGAGAUUUGGGAACCUUGAAGGAUGUCAUCAAGAACCAAGCCUCUGGUGCCCUGGUUGACGACAAAACCUAUUUGAUGGAGCGCAUCAUUCAGCUUGUCAGCGGUCUUCCCUCUCACUCAAAGAACCGAGUGGAGCUCACAAACGCAUUUCUUACCCAGCUUUGGGACUCUCUGCCUCAUCCUCCGUUGUCUCUAAUGGGAGACGUGUAUCAGUAUCGAUCUGCGGAUGGAUCCAACAACAACCCCACCCUUCCGUGGCUCGGAGCUGCUAAUACGCCAUAUGCCCGCUCCAUCCCUCCACUGACCAUCCAGCCUGGUGGGUUGCCGGACCCCGGUCUGGUGUUUGACAGUCUCUUUGCUCGACAGAAGUUCACGCCUCACCCGAACAAGGUUUCCAGUGUGUUCUUCGAUUGGGCAUCUCUAAUCAUUCACGCUAUAGAUAUCUUUCAAACGGACCAUAGAAAUCCUCACAUGACCAAGACGUCGUCCUACCUUGACCUCUCUAUUUUGUAUGGUGAUAAUCAGGAAGAUCAGGACACGAUCCGGACGUUCGAAGAUGGAAAGAUCAAGCCUGAUUCUUUUUGCGAGUCGAGACUGCAGGCUUUCCCGGCGGCAUGUUGCGUCCUCCUGGUCAUGCUGAACAGAUUCCACAACUAUGUCGUUGAGCAGCUGGCGGCGAUCAAUGAGAACGGCAGAUUCACCAAGCCCCGUGAUGGUCUUCCUCCUGACGCGGCUAAGAAGGCGUGGGCAAAAUACGACAACGACCUUUUCCAGACUGGAAGAUUAAUCACCUGCGGUUUGUACAUCAACAUCACCCUGUACGACUACUUGCGGACCAUUGUCAACCUCAACAGGACCAACUCCACGUGGUGUUUAGAUCCUCGUGCCCAGAUGGAAAAGGAUAAAGCCACUCCAUCUGGACUCGGCAACCAGUGCUCUAUUGAGUUCAACCUGGCUUACCGAUGGCACUCUGCAAUUAGUGCAAAGGACGAGGAAUGGACCGAGAACAUCUACAAGGAGCUGUUUGGCAAGCCGGCAAGUGAGGUGUCCAUGCGCGAGCUGCUGAUGGGACUCGGCAAAUAUGAUCAAUAUCUGGACAAGGACCCUUCCAAACGAACCUUUGCCCAUCUGGAGCGCCAGCCAGACGGUACGUUCCGGGAUGAAGACCUCGUCAACAUCUUGAAGAACGCCAUCGAAGAUGUUGCCGGGUCGUUUGGGCCUCGAAAUGUCCCCAAGGCUCUCCGUGCCGUGGAGAUCCUUGGUAUCCAACAGGCUCGUCAGUGGAAUACAGGCUCUUUGAACGAGUUUCGCAAGUUCUUCGGCUUGAAACCCCACGAAACAUUCGAGGAGAUCAACUCCAACCCGGAGAUUGCUGAUCAGCUUCGCCAUCUUUAUGAACACCCAGACUAUGUGGAGCUGUACCCGGGUAUUGUAUCGGAGGAAGCGAAAGAACCUAUGGUCCCUGGUGUGGGUAUCGCUCCUACAUAUACCGUUUCCCGUGCUGUACUUUCCGAUGCAGUGGCGCUCGUGCGUGGUGAUAGAUUCUAUACUAUUGAUUACAACCCGAGAAAUCUUACAAACUGGGGGUACUCGGAAGUGCGUUAUGACCUGAACAUCAACCAAGGAUGUGUCUUCUAUAAGCUGGCCUUGAGAGCGUUCCCAUCUUUCUUCAAGCCUGAUUCGAUCUACGCCCAUUACCCGAUGACUAUUCCGAGUGAGAACAGAAACAUCAUGAAGACACUAGGAAGAGAGCAUCACUAUUCCUACGAGGCACCGGCAUUCAUUCCUCCCCGAGUCAACCUGGUUGCGUACCCCAAUGUCAGGGCGGUGCUUGAGAACCAGAAAGACUUCCGCGUCGUCUGGGGCGAUGCCACUGCUUUCUGCUUUGGCAAAGGUGGCUUCGACUUCAUGCUCUCUGGGGACACUACGCUCCAUGCGAAGCAACGUCAGACCAUGGACAAAGCUCUUUACCAGGAUGAGUGGCACAAGAGUGUGAAGGAGUUUUACGAGGAUAUUACGCUCCAACUUUUGCAAGAACGUUCUUGCAAGAUCGCAGGUAUCAAUCAAGUCGAUAUCACCCGAGACGUCGGAAAUCUGGCCCAUGUGCAUUUCGCGUCCAAUGUCUUUUCCUUGCCCUUGAAGACUAAGGAAAACCCUCGGGGAAUUUUCACGGAGCAUGAGAUGUACAUGAUCAUGGCCGUGAUUUUUACCUGCAUCUUCUUCGAUGUGGACCCUGCGAAAUCCUUCCCCCUGCGUCACGCCGCUCACGCGGUAUCCCAGCAGCUGGGUGCUAUUAUCGAGGCCAAUGUCAAGUCUAUCGGCGGUUCGGGGCUGAUCUCCAGCCUGAUGGAUGGUUUCCGUCGCAACCACAACGCCCUACAGGAGUAUGGCGUCCAUAUGGUUCGCCGGCUGUUUGAGAGCGGGCUCGGUGCCUCGGAUAUUACUUGGUCCCAGAUCAUCCCCACCGCGACAGCCAUGGUCCCCAAUCAGGCCCAAGUGUUCACUCAAAUUAUCGACUACUACCUGUCUGAAGAUGGGAAGAAACAUCUCCCUGAGAUCAACCGCCUUGCCAAGCUGGAUACCCGAGACUCUGAUGAUCUGCUCCUUCGCUACUGCAUGGAAGCCAUUCGUCUGAAUGGAAUCUUUGGCUCGUACCGCGAAUCUCAGACUCAUAUGUCUGUGGAUGACUAUGGCCGUGAGGUGGACAUCAAGCCGGGUGACAAGAUCUUCGUCAGCUUUGUUCAAGCAAACAGGGACCCUACCGUCUUCCCUGACCCCGAUCAGGUCCGCCUCGACCGGCCCAUGGAUGCAUACAUCCACUAUGGCCUCGGGCCGCACACUUGCCUUGGCAAGGAUGCGAGCAAAGUCGCGUUGACGGCCAUGCUACGUGUUGUUGGUAGCCUUGAUAAUCUGCGCCGUGCCCCUGGUCCACAGGGAGAGCUCAAGAAGAUCCCUCGUGCCGGUGGAUUCUACACCUACAUGCGGGAGGACUAUGGCAGCUACUUCCCCUUCCCAAUGACCUUCAAGGUCCAUUUCGACGGCGAGCUUCCUGCACCCAGGAACGCUCCACCACAUCUUGAGAUAGCUCCUGUCUAG